AUGGCUCUGCUCCCAGAGACGAUCGGGGUACACCAUGGCGGAUCCCAGGUGUGGAUAGGCCCAUCUACCGCGCAGCAGACUGAGGUGGGCUUGUUGGCCGCAUGCUUUGUGUGCUGCGUCAGUUGGCUGAACAGCCGAAACACCCUGCUCCACGUAGCCAUAGUGGAGAACGCAUUCCUGAUUCUCUUCCAGUACUCCGUGCAGAAAUUUCUCCGAGACAUACUGGUUGACUACAGCUUGAUUUUGUACAACGUUGGUCCGGACCGUGGUUGCCAAGAACAAGCUUCGACAGAGUUUGUCUGGACAUUCCAAGCAUCUCUCUCUGAAUGGUGUUACAACGAGCAUUGGUAUCGCCCGGCCUAUUUAGUGGCCGCGCUCAAUGUGGGCUGCUUCGCAAUUGUGGCUGUGCUUUGGCUUCUGCCGGUCUGCGCCGUCAUUCGCGAAUUUGGUGUGUGUUCACACAGAAUCAAUACAGGAUCCUACCUCGGGUUGAUGUUCAAGGUUCGUGAGAGCACCUGCUACCGCAUUUUAAGCAGAAUUCUGGAGGCCCUGGCAUUGGUGUCCAUGGGGGCUCUACUUUUCGUUGCCUACCUCCACAACCGUCUCGUUUGGUCGAUUCAGCACAAGUUCGUGAAUGCGUUGGUUAUCGUGGUCAGCAUGAAGAACUUCACGCGCCAAGACAAGCCAUCGAUUGUGCUUGACAGCGAGUCUUUUGAGGCACUCAAGUUUCCAGGCGCUUUGCCGCUGCCGAGCAACUUCAUUGCAAUGAGGCUGCAAGACGCUUUGGUGGAGGCUGAGGUCGUCGAUGCUUUUGCGGACGGCGACGACCUCGAGGACUCCAUUUCCAGAAAGAAACCGAUGCUCGAGGCUAUCCUGCGGACUGAAGACCCAGCAGAGCUCAUUAAUGUUCAAAAUUGCCUGAAGGGCUGCACGAACAGACGGCGCAGAUCCACUCCCACUUUGCCUUCAGACAAAAGCAUCGAGCCCCUGUGCCACAUGGAAACAGAAUAG